GAUGUCACACGCACAAGAAUUGCUCAGUUGAGGCUUUAAGAGAUAUUUUCUGUAUAUAAAUCAAUAUUUUAUUUACUGCUUUGCAAUCGGGGUGGGGGGUAGUGGUGGCUCAUGCACAUCAGCGACUUGCUAGAUCCACACUGCUGUAAAAAUGACACGCACACGGCAAGCAAUCUGUGCUCCCUGCCGUCUUGUUUGCUAGUCAGAAUUUUUGGCUGUACAGAUAAAGGCAGGAGAAGGGCUGUUGCCAAGGCAGGAGGCUGUAACGCUGUCCUCCACCCCUGGGAGCUGGAAACUGAAGUGGAAUGAGAUUGCCUUCCUCCUGCUUGUGUGGUGGUUGCGGCUUCAUUUGCUUUCCUCCCUCUCUCCCCCAUAUCACAGACUGGCCUAGUCGGGAGCUGUCCGUGGUCCUGGAAUGCUGUCUGAGUGGGCUGGUAAAUGCCGACAGCUUGCAACACGGAGAAAGGGAGAGUAAAAAGGAUGAGAUUUGCUUCGUUGAAGGUAGGCUUGCUCUUUGUCUCGCGAUUUACAAUUCAGAAUCCCUGAUUAAUCUGCUGCUGCAGCUCUGACAGACUGAGGCAGCUGAAGAUCGCAAGCCUGUCUGUAGUGGUCACGGGGGAGGGAUGAUACCACAAAACAGACGGCUCCCAACCUUCUGCACCUAAGGGGGAAUGCUUUAAGGAGGUCUACGUUAAAAAAAACAACACGAAAACAGAAGCAGCAGAGGAAGAAGGUGAAAAGCAAGAUGUGUGGCAAGAAUGCACAUUUGUUUUGCAAAGGCGAUGGUUUGUGCUUUUAAAAAGACCAUGUGCAAAUGACGCUUGAAAGUGAGCCUGCAUUUGAUCAUGUUGUUCUCUGCUGUGUGGUAAAGUGGAAAGGAAGCAUCCAGCUGCCUAUUCACUGGACAUCCAGGCUGGGCACAGUUUGCAGCUGCUCCAUGGUUUCUGCAACGGCAGAUUAAAGAAACCCAGUUUUUGCAGCGUUACAUUGUUGAGAUCAGCAGCCCAUUGGGUUGGAAUUACAUUGCGGACUCAAAGACAUGAAGGUGGCAAUUGUCCAGUUUACACCAACAUGGGAUUCAAAGGAGCGCCUCAAAGCUUUCUGUACCCGAAAACAUGCACUUUCAAGUGAAGUAUUUUAAUUAUUAACACAAUAGCCAAGGAUUGGCCAGUUUCUAAUGGUGCUGAAACAUCUCUUUUCUACCUGUGCUAUCGUAAAACUGCAGCAAGGGCUUUGCCAAGAAGAAAUUAACCAAUUUUCAAUUGCACUUCAAGGGUCUCCAUAGAGUCAUCUAAUUUGGAAGAUCUGUUUGCCUGCCUUUGAAGAACGAUGAAUUCAAAAGAAGAGGAAGCCACUUUCACAAGGUUUUUCCAAUAUGUUGAAGACAGUGGGCUGAAAGCCUACGAUGGUUUGGUCAUACAGAACGCCUCUGACAUUGCCAGGGAGAAUGACCGUGUGCGAAACGAAACAAACUUGGCUUAUCUGCAGGAGAAAAGUGAGAAAAAGCGAAGACAGGAAGAAGCAAUAAAAAGGAUCGGUGAGGAUGUCGCAAGAGCAACGGACAGUGGCUACGUGGGAAAGCAUUUCCGUAUGGGAUUCAUGACCAUGCCAGUACCUCAGGAUCGCCUGCCCCAUCCCUGCGGGGCUGGUUUUUCUGUGAGGUCACAAUCAUUGCACUCGGUCGGGGGUGGGGAUGAAGACAGCAAUGUCAACUCACGCAAGCAGCCCCCUCCCAAACCGAAACGGGACCCCAGCACAAAGCUGAGCACCUCCUCCGAAACUGUUAAUACAGGGACAACAUGCAAAGCAGGGAAAGACCUGGACAGAAGUGAUGUGUCAUCAAAACCAAGGCCAUACAGUGAGGAAUACAAAAAAAUACCACCUCCCAAACCUAAACGGAACCCGAACACUCAGUUAAGCACGUCUUUCGAUGAGUCCUACAUCAGGAAUCAUGGUACCAGAAAGUCGGCGAAGAAGGAAACCUCUUCCUCCCAGACACACAGCCCAGCCAGAGACACGGAUGAGGAUGAGCCUGUUUACAUCGAAAUGGUGGGAAAUAUAUUACGGGACUUCAGGAGAGAUGACGAGGACCAAAGCGAAGCAGUCUACGAGGAAAUGAAGUAUCCGAUAUUUGACGAUCUUGGCCAGGACUCCAAGUGGUCCAGUAUUUAUAACUCUGAUCACAUUAGCUGCUCUUCUCAGUGUGCUACUCCCACAGUGCCUGACUUGGAACUCGCCAAGCCCCCCGUGCCAUCCACUCCAAAGGGCACGCUGUGCGAUAUCCCAGCUCCGUUUCCGAAUCUUCUCUCACACAGGCCACCACUCCUGGUGUUUCCGCCUGCCCCGGCGCAGUGCUCCCCCAAUUCCGAUGAGUCGCCCCUCACCCCCCUCGAAGUCACCAAACUGCCCGUUUUAGAAAACGUGUCCUACAUCAAGCAGUCAGGAGCUUCUCCGUCUGCUGCCUCUUCUCAGACCUCCAUACACCAGAAAAUAGAGAAAGAGCUGCCUCCUACGCAAACUAUUACAGCCUCUGGGCGGUCUUCAGCCCCCCCACUUCCCUCCACAUUGUACAAGUCGUCGGCCUCUGCCCACGGAUACCCCAGGAGCCACUCUGCCUGCCCUUCGCCGGUCAGCAUGGGGAGGUCUCUGACUCCCUUAAGCCUCAAGAGACCUCCACCCUAUGACUCGUUAAUUUCAGGGAGUAUCCCAAGAAGCUCAUCUUCAGUGCCUCACUCACUAAUCAAGAACACUUCUCAAGAAGGGGCUAAGCUGGCAAAUUCCUCCUCCAGUACCCAUGGGUCCAUGCAAAAUGUCUCCCGUUCACGGACGCCCACAAGCCCCUUAGACGAACUUACAAGCCUUUUUACCUCAGGACGGAGUCUCCUGAGGAAAUCUUCCAGUGGCAGGAAAUCCAAGGAGCCAGCAGAAAGUGAAGCUAAAAGCAGAAGCCACAGCACUGAGCCUCUUCCCAGACAUGAGAGCAAGGAAAGAGGGGGUCACCAGCCACCCCCUAAAGAGCAACCGAAGGCUCAUGAGUGGGACGGUGUGUCCGGUCAGUCAGCAGCAGCACAGUCCAACAGACUGGGGCGCACAUCUGUCAGCCCGACUCUGAUGCUGGGGAGUGGCGUCUCAGAAUCGAAAGCAGUAUGCAAGCUAGGUCGGUCUGCAUCCACGUCAGGGGUACCUCCUGCCUCUGUCAACCCUCUUAGGCAAGGUGGAGAAGUGCAACAGAGCCAGGUAACACAAAUGCAAUGGGUUUAUGGCGACAACACCAUGAUGGACAUGAUUGAGAAGAAGCGUUGUCUCUGCAAGGAGAUCAAAGCCAGACAGAAAACAGAUAAGGGGCUGUGCAAGCAGGACAGCAUGCCCAUUCUGCCAAGCUGGAGGAAGAACAACGGGACAAAGAAAGACAGCCCUCCUCCUUACUCCACUCAAACCACUGUGUUCUGGGACACGGCCAUUUGACAAGGCCCCAGAGAGGAACAGUCCCCUCCUCUUGACAUGGCUUAGCCUGCGCAGUGAUGUGAACAGGGUGACAGAGUCAUAACCAAGAUUAACCAACUACUCCUGGAUUGUCUGCUGAGGCCACAUGGAAGACAGCUGGACUUGUCCAAAUGUAGCAAAUGUAUAUCUGAGGGUUCAGAUUAUCAUCUUUUCUUAUUACUGUUUAUAUUGCUUAUUUUUCUAUCUAAAUAAUAUCUUAAUAUUAAAUCAUCUUAGUCUUAAUUAGAUAUUUUCUAAACAAAGAUUAAAACCAACAAAAAACAAUGUAGAUGUAGAGUGGCCCAAUGGUUUUGUUCAUCAGCCUUGUUUUAGCUGUAUUUAUGUUGUAAGAUGCCCAUAUGUAUCAAUACGGUCAUGAACAUUUUAUUAAUACUCUGAGCCACUUAAGUGAGCACUUCAUUUUGUCUUUUGUACAAGAAUCUCAAAAUUAAUUUUCCUACAAUGAUGUUUAAAAAUAAUAAUAAUAUUUUAAAUGGAAUAUAUUUUGGCAUCUUGGAUGAAGAUGUUAUUUUAACAUUUUAAAUCUGUGAGACAGCUUGUAUUUUACGGAGACAAAUCAACUGAUGGAGUUACAAGGUGAUGUUUUAGUAUGCAAGUGAAAACUCUACGCUGUCUGGUUCCAUUGUUCCAAGUUCUUUUGUGGCUUGCAAGGAAGUGUGUGGAAUAUGGGAUAAAAGUUCACUUGAUUCACUACCUGUUAUAGAUAGCAGGUUGUUUUAUUAUCCUUGUUGUCCUAUACAAAUGAAAAGCAUAAAUAUUAUUGCUUUCCAAUGGCCUUGCUUCUAUUACAACAUUUAAGAGAUGUGCACAUGUUAAAUGCUGAAGAGUUAAAGCACUGUAUUGCUGGGUAAAAUUACAUUUACAGGGUUAAGGUUAAACAAAAACAAGUUUCAGGUGGCUUAUGAACAUCAUACAAACAUCAUAGAAAUGGAAUACUUUACACAUACUGUAUAUAUAUAUAUGCAGAAGCAAUGCAGUGUAACACUGUAUUGAUUCCAUUGUUAACACUGCUUUCAUGUAAAAGCCAACUGAAUCUUGUUUCACCAGUUUCCUUCUUCGAAUUAUAUACAAUUUUCCAUGAUUCUCAAAACUGUGGCUACCACAAGGAACAGCCAAGGUAGAGGCUCCUGUGACAGUUCAUGCUCUUUGCUUUGUGUACUGUAUAAACCCAAUGAUGAGGAACUCUUGUCACAUGGUAGAAACAAAACAUGGCUUUGCUUGGGCUAGGUUCAAUUUAAGUUACAGCGUUACUAAGAAUGUGGAUAAGGCAAAGGGAAAAUAUUUAACAAUUCCAUCGGUCAAACUCUGUAUUCAAAAAUCAGUGGAAAACUCUAUACACUAAAGUGUAUUUUGUAGUGAACUGGUUUGAUGGCAGUAUAAACAUAGUUGAAUCUUCCCUGUUUUUGAAUGUUCCAUAAAUGAGAGAGGGCAAAAGAUCAAAUGACUGCAGAAAGUGGAGAAAUGUUAUGAUCCUAGCCUUUAAGUUAUUAUAGAUAGUAUUAAACCUAAGCAAAACAAGACAUUAUCUAGAGCGUAAGUGCAUUCAUCAGAAAUUUGCGAACUAACUUAAAUUUUAGGUGUAUUUUGCAUGACAAAACAAAUAUUAUUACACUUCAUGCUCCGUCAAUUUGUUUAAAUCGUUACUCCAAACAAAACAUUAAUGUUCUCCAUAUUAAUAUCUUUCAUUAUUUGUUAUACUUUGGCUUUUCUAAUUUCUUUCUUAAUGAUAACCAAGUAAACUGUUUGGGUUUCUUAUGGCUGUAACAUUUAAUCACUGAAAAUGUCUAAUGUCUAAAAAAGUUGUCUAGAAAAGAGAUUUUAAGGCAGACAUUUGGUGUUAUGACAUAUUUUCUCCUUAAUAAGGACAUUAGCUGUUAACUGCUGAAGCCUAGAUAUACAUUGGAUAGGUAAACCUCAAAGGAGAUUCCAUCUGUUGUUUCUCAAAUCCAUGUGAAAAAUAGUUAUCGCAUUACCCCCUCUGCAAAGAUACACAGCUCUUAUACUUUCAGUACUUUCAGUUCCAAGAACUGAAAUCCUAAUCCGUGUCUAGGCUACAGACUUUAAUUGAAAGUCCGAUCUCUCAGCUUUAAGCUACAAAAAUAAAUGUGAAAGACAUUUAAAAAACAGCUAUUCAUAAGAAUUUGUGCAAAAGAAGUACAAAUAGAGUUUGUUGUGUAAAGAAUCAAAUAAGUCCUUUUGACUUUGUUAUGCACAUUAAGAGUAAGCAGGUUGUAGCAAGCAAAUUAAUAUAUACAAGCUAUGGUUUGUUUCUUACUUGUGAUUUUUUACUAAUGUUUCUGUGAGGAAUAUAGUAAAACAACUAUGGUUGUGCAAUUAUCAGGAUUUGGGAUUUGGAAAGCAUUUUGUCCCAUUUAACCUCUUCCUUUUCAUCCUGAAAUACAUAAACCAUUCCAUGUAUCAUUAGAUCUUGCAUUGCAUGUAAGACUCCCAGCGGUCAGAGGUCAAAGGGGAGUGUGAGAAAGGAAAGCUGAUUAUGUAAUUGGUGCAUUUGAAAAUCUAGGGAUUACAAAUGCACAUGUAUCACAUUCAAUGGUGUCACAUUGGUCCACCAGUGGGCACAGUUUCACUGAGCAAGAAGCCAAAUUAAUGAGGACAGGAACGCACUUGUGCAUCUUACCCAUAACGAUCCAAAACUCUUGGUUAGAAAUUGAAAAGCCUUAAAAGCCCCAACUGGAGACAGGUUCAGUCUCUUAUAAUUUUUUCAGGAAGCUUCAGCUCUCUCUUCUUCAAGAGAAUGAGUUACCUUUUUUUAUCCUUCUGAACUUUCAAUGUAGGAACUUACUGGAGGUGCCUUCAGUAUCGGUACCCUUACAGUUGCUGGUGCACGCUAAAUAUAUGCAAUUAAGUCCCCGUCUCGACAGUGAAAGCAUUAAUAAAUAGAGGUUGUGCCCUCCUUAAUGGGGUGACAUUUUAUUUAUUGAAAAGAAUAACUACACUUAAAGAGAAUCAUAGUUUUAAGCAAUACCCUAAUUACACAAAGGAAAUUUUAAUGAACUAAACACAAAUGGCAAUUAGAUAUGCAAACUGACAAGAAAUAAAAGGACAAAUAUUCUCAGAAGCACUUCACUGAGAGGAGAGAACAUGCAGGAGGUGUAACUAACAAGCUGGUAGGAAAACAGCUUGAAAACCAUGCGUAUCUCCUCUGCCUGUGCAUUCUAUUACAUUCUAAAUAGUAGGACAAUGCUCACACAGAUUUGAUAAAGAAAAGGUUACACUGAAUACCGUUACUAGAAAUAUCUAGUUGCCUUGUGGAGACCAUGGUUCACUGUGACUAAAACUUGUGGGUCACUUUGGGGUUAAAAGACAAAAUAACAUUGAGGCUGGCUGCCUAGAAAUCAUUCUAUGGUUAUAUUUAUUAUUAGGGAUACAAGUGAAAAAUAACAGCUGUGCUGUUGAAAUUGCAGUUGUCUAUAGUUUGUUGUUAAAUCAUGUUGAGCUUGUAAAAAGAAAAACGAAAAAAAAUGCUUGUAAAAUCAGAAAUAACAGCCAAGUCACGCUGUUAUUGGGGUACCAAAAAUCUGUUUAAUGAAGCUCAAAUUCAAUAGUAAAUAUACAAUAAAACUGUGCAAUCAACACAGGAAAACUGUUAAAAUGCAGAUUAAGUUAUCAAUUCUUACUACCUAAUGUGUGUCUUGAGCUAUGAUACAGUAUCUGCAGAUUAAUUUAUAAAAUGAUUGUUUAGCAUUCAUUUUUCUGCUUCUUGGAGUGCAGAUUAUAAAUAUUAUAGUGUACAAUAUAUUUUGUGUAAGGUGCACUGUGAUCUAUAAGGAAAGCACAGUAAUGUCACAGUUUUUGUCUUUAUUGCACUAAAAGUGUUAUUUUUUAUUUUUUAAAUAUGUUGAAAAGUAUGCUUACUGUACCAC